CAACCCCCUCCCAAUCUCCGCCCUCCUCAACCCUGCCCCCAUCCCCACCCGCCCCACCCGCGCCGCCGCCAUCGCAGGGGUAGCAGCAGCAGCAGCAGCAGCAGCAGCGCCCACCCCCACAACCGGCGACGAGGACGAAGAGGGGUAUGACGCAGCCGAAAUGGCCCAAGAGGAGCUGGCGGCACUUGAGGAGGAGGAGGGACACUGGCGGGCGUUGGGCAAGCUGGUGAAGGAGACGUGCAGCUCAACCACAUGCCAGGCAAUGAGGGCGCACACUACGCCACUCUUCGACGCUCAUCGAGCGCGCCUCGCAGCUGCGAAACAGAGCGCAGAGACGGUGCGGGCAUUUACACCCGCCUCCGACGACGCCGAUGAUGAUGAUGAGGAGUAUACGUCGAUGGAGAGCCUCCCACACUCGGAGUCCGUGUCGUCAUACGGAUCUACAUCUGGUGGCGACGAGACAGCGGGCUCCGAGUUGUGGGAGGAGGAGGAAUACGCGUUUGCGUGAGGGCGUCAGCUGUGUCCUGCGGCGGAGGCAGGCGAUCCAUUUUUGUUCUCGGCGAAGAUCUGAGAGGAAGGUGUUCCAUUUUUGUUUCGGUGCAGCGGGUAGUACGUUACCCGUGAGGAAGUGAACUCGACAUUAUAUGAUCAGACCCAAGCCCCCGGGCCUAUUGUCAGACGCCUGUU